UGCUGGCAAGGAGGCAAUCCAUCCCUGAGCCAAACAUUAUCAGACUGCCAGUCAGUUAUCCGAGUUCGUUUGUUGACGACACGGUGAGAUGGGGCUUUAAAAUACAGACAGAUCUACCGGCAUAGCGGAGUGAGCUGUACAAUACAGAGCACCGGCUUGAUACGGUGAAGCAGAUAGCAACAUACUACCAGUGCAGACAGGAUAAAUUUAUAUAAAGAUAGGCAUAUAUUUAUUCAAAGCUGUUGGCAGAAGUGAUGUUUGACUAGCUACUUGGACCUAUACUUGUACGAAAGAUUUAUUUUAUGUGCUGGAGGCCAGGUGGAAGCGGAGAUACAGAAUUUGAAAGAUGGAUGAGUCAGAUGUAGUGGUGGACCAGGGUAACUAUCACAGUCUGAGGGAAGCUGAUGAAAGUGAAAUAUCAGGUCACCAUGCCAUCUAUGUAGGUGUCCAUGUCCCACACAGCGAAGAGCAGCCACAGAAGCACCAUCAUCACCACCACCAUCACAAACACCGACACAAAGGCAAGAGUAAAAAGAACGGUUCACACAGUAGCGCCAACAACAGUAGUUCCACCUCAGACGCGUUCUCUCCAAACAGCGACCCGGAUGCCAGACCAGAUGCCCUUCUCCUCGAUAAAAACGGUACCGGAGAUGCUUCUCAGCGGGUUAAGUUCAUCCUUGGUGAUGAAGCCGAUGAGGGUCAUGAAUCUCAUGAGAUCUUCACAGAGAUGGAGGAGCUGUGCGUUGGGUCUGACGGGGAAGAGCUUGAGUGGAAAGAGAUGGCAAGGUGGAUAAAGUACGAGGAGGAUGUAGAUGUGGAUGCAGACAGAUGGAGUAAACCUCACGUAGCGACACUGCCUCUUCACAGUCUGUUUGAACUGAGGAACUGCCUGAUUAAUGGUACAGUGUGUCUGGACAUGGAGGCAGACAACAUAGUCCAGAUUGCAGAUCUUGUCCUGGACAAGUUGAUUAUGUCAGAACAGUUGGAUGAGAGCAAGAGAGAACAGGUCCGGGAGGCUCUUCUACGCAAGCACCAUCAUCAGAGCCACAAGAAACACCGUGACAAGAGGGGUAGCAGUCUCCUGCCCAUGAUCAGAUCUCUGACGGACAUCGGACGCAGUCUCUCACAGGGUGGCUCUCACAAUACAAGCAUGGAACAACAAGCUGCUCAAGGGACACUACAGACAUCCCAUGGGUCAUCCCCUAACAUACAGAACAGCCAAACCUCCCCUAGCUCACUCAUGGUCAAGACCAGCUCCGGUGAGCUAGGCAAGUCAGAUACAUCCGGGAGCCUCCCCAAGGUCUCAAGUCAUCACAGUCUAAAGAAAAGAUUCAGUGAAGCUCGUCUCUCCAUCCCGCACAACCUACACGGACAUAGUCUCUCGAAAAGACUGAGUGAAGCUAGAAUGUCUCUGCCGCAAAACCUCCAGGGUCUUAGUAUGACGUCUCUUGAAUCCUAUCAUAGAAGUAAACCAGAAUCCAUUAAACAUAAGCUGGAUUUUAGACAUGGAAGAUCUAAGUCUUUCCACUCGGUCAAAGUGGAUUCACCAAGACUUUACAGAGCGCAUCUUAUUGAUAGGUUUGAGAGGUCCAAGUCUGUCCAUUCCGUCCCAAGUAAAUCCGGAUCCCUCCAUUCUAAUAAAUCAGAGAACUCGUUUAAAUUAAAACGAUCAUCAAAGGCCAGGCACAGUUUCAUGCGGAAGAUCCCCCAGGGUGCGGAGGCCUCCAACGUCUUGAUCGGCGAGGUGGAUUUCCUGUCACGUCCAAUCAUUGCUUUCGUUCGCCUCCAGACGGCGGUGUCCCUCGGUGACCUGACGGAGGUCCCCAUCCCGACCAGGUUCCUUUUCAUCCUCCUUGGCCCGCAGUCCGGGGGAACCAAGCGAUACCAUGAGAUUGGGAGAUGCGUAGCAACUCUCAUGUCAGAUAAGAUUUUCCAUGAUGUUGCUUACAAAGCCAAGAACGUCAAGGACCUUCUUGCAGGCAUUGAUGAAUUCAUUGACUCUGUUACAGUUCUUCCACCUGGUGCAUGGGAUCCGAAUAUCAGAAUUGAGCCGCCCAAGACGGUUCCUUCGCAGGCCAAGAGAUUAUCCCACUUCCAAACACCCAAUGGACACGCAGAAGGGAUAGAUGAAGAAGAUGGAGGAGGAGGAGGGGGUGGAGGACAUAACGGAGAGCAUGAAGGGCUGGAGAGAACAGGAAGGAUAUUUGGUGGUCUGGUUGAGGACUGUAAGCGUCGCUUCCCUUUCUAUCUGAGUGACUUCAAAGAUGCGUUCCACCUGCAGUGUCUGGCUUCGUUCAUCUUUAUGUACUUUGCUUGUAUCACUCCUGUCAUUACGUUUGGUGGACUACUAGGCGAGGCUACAGAUAACAAAAUGAGUGCGUUAGAGAGUCUACUUGGGGCUUCCAUAUGUGGUGUAGCAUUUCAUCUCUUUGCGGGUCAACCUCUUACCAUCUUAGGAUCAACGGGUCCUAUUCUAGUCUAUGAGAAGAUAUUGGUCAGCUUCUGCGAAACCGCUGGUCUGGAUUACCUGUCAUUUCGUUUCUGGAUCGGCCUUUGGACGAUGUUACUAUGUAUCAUCUUGGUUGCGACGGAUGCUAGUUCUCUGGUCAAGUACUUCACCCGUUUUAUCGAGGAGAGCUUCUCCAGUCUCAUUUCCUUCAUCUUCAUCUACGAGUCUGUUCACAAACUUAUAAAGAUCUACAAGCAAAACCCUGUGGAAGGAUAUGUGAAUGAAAACACGACAUAUGAAUGCAUGUGCCAGACAGCAUCCAACUUGUACGAGUAUCGCGAAGAAGAUUUCUAUGAAGAAGCAGAGGAAGAUUGUGAACGCAUGAAUGGGACGCUCGUGGGUAACUAUUGUGGCAAGCAUGUUCCGCAGUCGGACAUCUUCCUCAUGUCUCUUGUCUUGAUGAUCGGAACGUUCACCAUUGCUUACAGUCUCAAGGAGUUCAAAACAACAGGGUACUUCCCGACCAUUAUAAGGCAAACAGUGAGUGACUUUGCCGUUCUUAUCGCUGUUCUGGUCAUGGUAGGAGUGGACAAACUGUUUGGCGUUGAUACACCUAAGCUACUUGUACCGUCAGAAUUUAAGCCCACGUCUGAUGAGCGCAAGAGCUGGUUCAUCGACCCGUUCAACGGCAACCCCUGGUGGACGGCGCUAGCUGGUGUCUUACCGGCCCUUCUAGCAACCAUCCUCAUCUUCAUGGACCAGCAGAUCACUGCUGUCAUUGUCAAUAGGAAAGAAAAUAAAUUCAAGAAAGGGCUAGGCUACCAUCUUGAUCUGUUGAUAGUUGCCGUUAUGUUGGGUGUCUGUUCUAUCAUGGGGUUGCCAUGGUUUGUUGCUGCCACUGUGUUGUCUAUCAACCACGUCAACAGCUUGAGGGUGGAGUCUGAAUGCAAGGCACCGGGAGAGAGACCAAAGAUUGUCGGUUGCAGGGAACAGAGAUUAACAGGUGUGAUGGUCUUCAUUAUGAUUGGAUUGGCUACCCUCAUGACCAAGAUCUUAUCUUUUGUACCAAUGCCUGUCUUGUACGGAGUGUUUCUCUUCAUGGGUAUUGCAUCACUAAAAGGUGUUCAGUUUGUGGACCGUCUAGCACUGUUCUUCAUGCCCCUGAAGUACCAGCCAGACUACAUCUACCUACGCCACGUCGGUAUCAAGAGGGUUUAUCUAUUCACCUUUAUUCAGCUCAUGUGUCUCGUCGUACUCUGGGUUAUUAAGUCAACGGAUGCUGCCCUCGUCUUCCCCAUCAUGGUAUUGGGUAUGGUAUUGGUGAGGAAGCUAAUGGACAAGGUUUUCACCCAGCAAGAGCUGAUGAUGUUGGAUGAUGUGAUGCCGGAGAUGACCAAGAGAGCCAAGCAUGAUCGCAAGAAGAAGGAAGAAGAAGAGGUCGCAGCCUGUGAACAGAUCAAGAACAUCCCUGGUCGUGUCCAGGUACCUCUGUCAGAUGGUAACAUGUUGAGCAUCCCUGUAGACAAGGUGGAGUUUCAUCCCGAGGUUGCAUGCAUCAACAUUCCCGAGGACAUGGCCAAAACCGGUGUCUGGAAAGCCUUGGCCAAGAAUUCAGAAGCUGGUCAGGUCGUCCACAGAAAACCACACGGAAAAGAAAAAACAAAUAGUGGUGGUGCCCGUCCAACUCUCGACCUUCCCACAAUCCCCGGCAGUCCUCGGGAAUCGUCGUACCUAGAGACCCAACGGGGGAGCAUCCAGGAGGUCCGUAUCGAGGUCCCUGAGCAGUUCCGACGCACCCCAUCUCCUCCCCCACCUUACAAUGGUACUGAUAACGAAACCUCUGUUUAAAAGGCUACAAGGUCUCAACUCCAUCACUCUGUGGAUGCUAUGAGUCAAGCAGAAGGAGUUAACUCCAGUUUCCGAUUAUGACUGACUAAUACAGAUACAGAUGUACUUUAUUUUCUCUGUGGUGACAUGUGUAGUCAAAAAGUAUAUAUGUCAAGGCAUGAAGACUGUAUAAUGGCAGGGAAGAUGUUUCAACAGAUGUGUGAUCAUAUCAGAGUUUUAAAGAAUUUACUUUGUCAGUCAGUUUGUUUUUAUUUGUUCGAGAGGUGUGUUCAUAGGAAAUGUAUAUUUUUAUUGAUUGAAAAAAUGAAGUUACACCUUUUGUUUGGUUGGCAGCCUAGUUGCAUGCUGUCAGAAUGCUGUAGGAUCGUCAAAAGUUAAGAACCCAUUAAGAACCAAAAGGGAAAUGAUCUUAUAACUCAUACAUCAUCGUCGGUGAUUUUUUUUUUAAAAGCCAAUUAUGUAAGAAUGUGUGUGCAAAACUGCUGCAUGAUAUUUAUUAUGUGCGUGUGUUUAUCAAAUGAGAGAAUAUAAUAUUUUGGAGAGAGAUUUCCAGAUAUUGUGGGGUUGCGCCUGUCGGAGAUGAUCUGAUUUACAUCAUAUCCAAAGGGCAUGUAGAAGCGGAGUGUUAAGGCAAUUCACAAUGAAAACAGAAAAAAUUAAAUCUAGAUUGAUAUUGCGACCUUUUGAAAAUACAUGUAUACCACUAAUCUGCAUUGUGUGUGUUGACAGUUAAUAGGUGAUAUCAGGCUUUAUAUCAACUCCCUCCAUUCCAAAAACUUGUAUAUACAUUGCUGUCAUACUUCUUAAAACGGUAGUACUAUACUAUCUGGCUCCGAAUUUAAAAUCAUUUCAUCAGGCAGCAAGGAUUAUAUUAAAGAAAGAUAUUAAGUCAAUUUGCUACUUACAUAUUAGGCAGUUUUAUUUCUUUUGUCUUAAUAUGCAGAAAGAUUAUUGGCAGAUAUGAGCUCUCUUUGUAAAGACAAAAUAAAAUCAUGGCUCUAUGAUUUAUAUGAAUAACGAGUAUAUGAUCUCAAUAAUUAAUGAUUUACGCACAUGUAUACCUCUAUCAUACUUAAUUGUCCUUUGUCAUUUUGUUGGGGGUUGUCAAAAACUGUAUCUGAAAAUGUAAAUGAUUUAAGAAAAACUGUAUUUUUUUAUCAUGGCAAUAGUUGCAACCUCAUAUUGUCUGAAAACAGUCUCCUAGUUCCUGGAGAGAAUUUUUUUAUGCAGAAAAGGUUGCUACAUAUGUCAUUCUAAAAAAUAAUAAUAAUAAAAACAACCUAUUCAGAACUAUUAAUUUGGGGAUACAAGGGUAAUACUUUUGAACUAGGAUAUACUCUAAUCUCAGUUUUUCUAGAGGAUUGUAUAACUUUUCUAAACUUGCACAGGCAUGCCUACGGAUGCCUGUAUGGGAACAAAAAUAACCGACCUGAAGGAGAGAAUUGGUCAGAAGCCAUCGGUAUUUAUUCUUGUUUAAUUUAAAAAUAGUUUUGUAUGUUCUGGUGUGAUAAUUUAAAGCACCACUCAUUUCAUUUCGUUUCAUGUAUCUCAACAAAUUGUAGAGUUUUAUGAUAGCGAUGAAAAUGCCCACAAGUUGAAACAGUGCAUUGGCGAGUUCACACCAGACUGUAUGAAACAAUCAUUAACUUACAGAUAUAGAUGCAGAAUAUUAUUACAGGGUUAAAAGCUAGAAACAAAUUCUUGUUAGUUGAAAAAAAGAGAAUGAUUAAUUCUAUUCUUGCCAGUAUCAUAUCACCAACACCUUUAAAAAAAAAGUUAUCUGUAGUUAUGUCCAGCCGAAGUAGUGUUAAACGGUCAGGGUUAGGAAAAAGAAUUGUGUAUAAAACUGAAUAUGUAAAUAGGCUAAAACAACAUAACAUGGUAGGGUUUCUAUUAUAGACUGGCAAUAAUACAUUUAUUACUUUCGUAACAAUCAUACUUUUUUUUUGUAUAAAACUUUAGUCCCCUUUUAACCAAAUAUUUUCGAAGCCAAAAGGGCAAUUAAUGAUCUUGUUUUUAAAGUCUAGUAGUGUAGAUUUUUUUUCCUUGUGUAAAUGUAUAUUUCUUGAGAUUUCAAAAUGUUUGUAAAUUAAUGAUAUUGUCAGGAUAUUGAAAGAAGAAAAAUGGAGGAAAAAAUGUUAAAUUAUUGUAAACUACAUGUUUUUAAGAGCACUUCCAUAACUAAGUGAUGAUUGUAAAGAGAUAUAUUUUGUUCACCUUAUAUUAUGCAACUUUCUACCACUUUGAAUGUGCUUGUCUUUGUUUUAUUGGUGUUCGGUAGUUCUUUUAGUGUCCAUUGAUUGCUGUUUUUGUUGAACAUACUAACCUAAAUUUCUAUUAGAAACCAGAAAACCAGCGAUUUGGGCAUAUGAAAAGAGUGAUAAAGGAUUAUUAAUAGAAAUU